AUGUCGACAAUGCGCGCGAUCGGUGUGAAAGGCGGCAAGGGCCCCGCCACCGCUCUCUUCGUAGAUGAAAUCGCCAAGCCGGUCCCUGAGGCCGGGCAGGCGCUUAUCAAGGUGAAGGCAUUUGGAUUGAACCGGAUGGACUUGUUGCAGCGUGAGGGACUGUAUCCUCUUCCGCCGCAGGCCCCUGCUACCCUUGGUGUCGAGUUCUCGGGAGUCGUGGAGGGGCUUGAGGUUGGGGGUAAAGCUUGUGAUUUUAAGAUUGGGGAUGAGGUCUUUGGACUUGCUUAUGGAGGUGCUUACGCGGAGUACAUUGUUGUAUCGACCAAGAUGCUGGUUCACAAGCCAGCUCAUCUGUCGUGGGAAGUGGCUGCCGGAAUUCCCGAGACCUGGAUCACUGCCACCCAAGCUCUCUUUCUGAUUGGUGACUUCCAAGCGGGCCAAUCAGUGCUGUGGCACGCCGGAGCUUCAUCGGUUUCCAUCUCGGGCAUUCAGCUCGCCAAGGCCGAAGGGGCCAAGGCGAUCUACGCCACAGCGGGAUCUCAGGAGAAGAUUGAUUUCCUGGAGAAGGAGCUGGGAGUAACCAAGGCGUUCAACUACCGCACCGACGAUUGGGCCGCGGAGAUUCAAAAGGUCACGGGCGGCACCGGAGUGGACCUGACGGUGGACUUUAUCGGCGCGACUUACUUCCAGGGCAACCUGGACGUGGCGGCGCGCGAUGGUCGGGUCGUGUUGCUGGGGCUGAUGGGAGGAGGUAAGCUGCCGGAGGGGGUGAACAUUGCACCGUUGCUGUUUAAGCGGGUUCGGGUGGAGGGGUCUACGCUGCGUAGUCGGGAUCUGCCAUACCAGCAGAAGCUUCGGGACAGCUUGGUUGAGCAUGCGCUGCCGAAAUUCGAGGAUGGAACGUUCAAGGUGUUUGUGGAGAAGGUGAUGCCAUUUGAAAAGAUUGCGGAGGCGCAUCAAUUGCUGGAAAGCAAUACGACCAAGGGAAAGAUUAUCUGUGUGUUUGAGUAA